AUGAGCCAAGGCUCUGAUCCAUCUACAUCGGCAAUGCGCUUGUAUGCUAUCGUCUACCCCCUCUCUCAUCCGACAUUCCGCAUUCCUGUCCUCGAGUCAGUAGCCAAACAGCAUGACAUCCCGAUCACCUUCUUCCCUCUCCCGCCGGACUCAUCCAGAGCAUUCAGCAUCGUAGCCCUUCCCUCAGAUGCAGCCGCCUCCACCCUCCUUCAUCGGUGCACGGCAAUCCGGAACAUCAUCCACCUCUGGUCGGUCGGAACCACUCGCGAAGGCACAAUAUCCGCAUUACAGCAUUCUUCCUCACAGCGGUCUUACUCUCACCUUCAGCCACCAUCACUCAGCUGGAAGGCGGACGUAGCCUCACUUGGCCUACGCCUGACCGCAGACGAGAAGCGAUCAAUCAUCGACUCAUGCCGUUUCCUCGACUUUGAAGGGCCGAUCAACCUGAGCAAACCAGACUUCGAGUGGUGCUGGUACGAGGAGCGCUGGGGCAUCGAAGGGGCACAUAUGACUGAUCGUGUGCAUGCAAGUCAGGCACAGGCGCUGCGGCUCGUCGUAGUGGGCAGGAAGAUUACAGCCGAGCCCCCUCUAGCUUCUGGGUCGAAGAGCCAACCACCAACACUCGCUCGCGAUUGGAUCGAUCGCCUCGAUCUCAAGAAGCGCAGCUAUAUAGGCAACACGAGCAUGGAGAGCGAAAUGUCCCUCGCUAUGGCGCAGAUGGCCAUGUCGGCACCAGGCAAGAUCAUCUAUGACCCCUUUGUCGGUACAGGCUCCCUCGUGGUAGCAGCAGCAGCGCUGGGCGCGUACGUCAUGGGGUCAGACAUCGAUGGACGGAUGAUCAGGGGCAAAGGCAAGGAGGUCAAGGAAGACCCAGGGUGCUGGAAGGAGACGGGCGUGCUGAGGGCGGCGAGACAGUAUGGGUUGGAGGGGAGAUUCCUAGAUUGCUUGACGUGCGAUAUCACCCAGCACCCAUGGCGUCUCCUCCAUCCCAGCGCAGCAUCUUCAUCCGGCGCAGGGCCUUCACGCCCGGCCUUCCUCGACGCCAUCAUAGCCGAUCCCCCCUACGGAGUACGUGCAGGAGCUAAACGUCUCGGCCACCGGGACGUGGCACGGCAGAGGGAUACUCCCUACUGGCUGGAGGAAAAGGGCGGCUAUUCCCACGAGCAAGAGGACUAUGUACCUCCGACGAGGCCGUACGCUCUGAAUGAUCUGUUGGACGAUCUGCUGAGCUUCGCGAGCAGAAUGCUGAAGGAAGGGGGCAGGCUGGUGUUCUGGAUGCCGGGUAGAAGGAGAGCAAAAGCCAAGGCGUCUACUGCACCGGUCCCUACAGGGCCCGAGUGGGAUUUGAUCGCUGUCAGUGUGCAAGACUUUGGCAAAUGGGCUAGAAGGCUGGUGACGCUACAGCUUAAGCCGAGAGGGGCAGCAGAAGCCGUCGACGAUGGCCAAGCAAAGGCCGCCACAGCGGGCGACGGCGAUGCCUCCUCGGCGCAGCGACGCUCAGAAGGCCAAUCGCAAUUCGAUGCAACCACUGGCAGGUACAAGGGCAACGUUGACCAGAAAGACUUCAGGAACCAGUACUUUGGACCGAGAGGAUAG